AUGCCCAUUCAGGAUGCAUGCCCUGAAUGUAAAAAAAUCACGUCUGGUGACUGGUCAGCGUCUGCGUGGCUCCAGUCAGCCGGGAUUUGUUGGACCGGAAUGGAGCGUGGCGGUAGGUGUACUUCUGUGGCGGCGCUCCGCGUGGGACGGGCGGAAUGCUGCGCGGGCGGGGCCAGAGCGCCGGCCGCGUGGAGUCCACGAGACCUAGACAGCGGCGAGAUAUUCUUCUACAAGGCACUGUCUGGUGGUGUACCCUGUACUGCUUGUGCUGAAUCCUGCGCCGGUGUGUCAUGUGGUGCGGGGAGGCGGUGCGUGGUAAGAGGUAGCAGAGCUAGAUGCGUGUGCGCAGCGACGUGCCGCCGUGCAGGUCCCGUUUGUGGAAGCGAUGGAAAGACUUAUCGAUCUCUUUGCCGGCUCAGACGAAGAGCCUGUAGACGUCCAGCCAAGCAUUUGACGUUGGAUUACCCCGGACCAUGUCGAGUUGGAAGCUGUGAAGGAGUACGCUGUGGCGGCGACAAACGUUGCGUGUUGGACGCCGAGUUGGGCCCGCAUUGUGUGCGAUGCGGCGCGUGCAGUGUCGCUGGCACGCCAGUUUGUGCGGUUGACGGACGUACAUAUGCUGGGGCCUGCGCUUUGAGAAAGGCUGCCUGCGAGCGUGGAAAGGCACUACCUCUUGCUUAUAAAGGCGCUUGUAUAGCAAACGCUACAUGUGCGUCCAUAUAUUGUGGGGCGGGACAAAGAUGCGUACGUGGAGGCGCGAGUGGCGCUCGUUGUGUUUCUUGCGGCGCGUGCGGCGGCGGUGCGAGACGAACAUUGUGCGGUACUGACGCAAGGACUUAUGGUUCGUGGUGUCGCUUACAACGUGCCGCCUGUCAUGCUGGGACCGUUGUUGACCCACUGCAUCCCGGGCCUUGUAAAGGUAGCAAAAAUAUCACGGACAAUGUUGUGACUCAUGGGAAACGCAAAAAAGAUGAUACAAGAGUUCUGUAA